CCGCAGGCCGCGCGGCUCGAGCUACUCCGGCUUGAUGGCAGCGCGGCGUGCGCAACUUCUCCGCACGCCCAUCUCCGAGCGCCGGCCUGGGCGCUCGCCUCCAGCCAGCAUGGAUGCUCGCCGCGUGCCGCAAAAGGAUCCUGGAGUAAAGAAGAACUUCAAAAAAUUCAGAUAUGUGAAGUUGAUUUCCAUGGAAACCUCGUCAUCCUCUGAUGACAGUUGUGACAGCUUUGCUUCUGAUAAUUUUGCAAACACGAAACCUAAAUUCAGGUCAGAUAUCAGUGAAGAACUGGCAAAUGUUUUUUAUGAGGACUCUGAUGAUGAAUCUUUCUGCGGCUUUUCAGAAAGUGAGGUGCAAGAUGUGUUAGACCAUUGUGGAUUUUUGCAGAAACCAAGGCCAGAUGUCACUAACGAACUGGCCAGUAUUUUUCAUGCCGACUCUGACAGUGAAUCAUUUUGCGGUUUCUCAGAGAGUGAGAUACAAGAUGGAAUGAGGCUGCAGUCAGGCAGGGAAGGCUGUAGGACCCGGAGCCAGUGCCGACACUCUGGACCUCUUAGGGUGGCAAUGAAGUUUCCAGCACGAAACAACAGGGGGGCAGCAAGCAAAAUAGCAGAGCCCCCCCAACCUUCAGAGAAGUCUGGGACAGAGUCCAUUUCUGAUUCAGAAGAUGAAAGCGGCAUGAAUUUUUUGGAGAAAAGGGCUUUAAAUAUAAAGCAAAACAAAGCAAUGCUUGCGAAACUCAUGUCAGAAUUAGAAAGCUUUCCUGGCUCAUUCCCUGGAAGACGUUCCUUCCCAGGCCCCAGUUUGCAAUCAAGGCGACCCCAAAGGCAGUCAUUCCCAGGCGUUGCUUCCAGGAGAAACCCUGACCGGAGAGCACGUCCUAUUACCAGGUCAAGGUCACGGAUCCUCGAGUCCCUUAGUGCUUUACCUAUGGAGGAAGAAGAGGAAGAGGAUAAGUACAUGUUGGUGAGAAAGAGGAAGACCGUGGAUGGCUAUACAAACGAAGAUGACAUGCCCAGACGUCGUCACUCUAGAUCCAUGACCCUUCCACAUAUAAUUCGUCCAGUGGAGGAAAUUACAGAGGAAGAAUUGGAGAAUAUCUGCAGCAACUCUCGAGAGAAGAUAUAUAGCCGUUCGCUGGGCUCUACUUGUCAUCAGUGCCGUCAGAAAACUAUUGAUACCAAAACAAACUGCAGAAACACAGACUGCUGGGGUGUUCGAGGCCAGUUCUGCGGCCCCUGCCUUCGAAAUCGAUAUGGUGAAGAGGUCAGGGAUGCUCUGCUGGAUGCGAAUUGGCAUUGCCCACCUUGUCGAGGAAUCUGCAACUGCAGUUUCUGCCGGCAGCGAGAUGGACGGUGUGCAACUGGGGUGCUUGUGUAUUUAGCCAAGUACCAUGGCUUUGGGAAUGUACACGCUUACUUGAAAAGUCUGAAACAGGAAUUUGAAAUGCAAGCAUAGUAUCUGGAAGAUUUGAUGCCUGCCUUCCACUUUCUCAGAUCUCCCUUCUUAAAGUUUUCAGUUUUGUCAAUGAUUGAAACCUGAAUCAAGAAUCUUGAUCAGUCUGUUUUAAAGGAAACUCCAGUCAAGUUAGUCUCAGUCCUCACACGUGUUGCUGGGGCAUCACGGAAGGUAUAUUCCUCGUUAUACUUUGCCCUCCCGAAGUUUCUCCUCUUCCCCCACGGGGUCCCACCUCAUAGCAUUCCCCUCUAUUUCUAAUGGUCCUCUUCUGCUGCUUAGUUUCUGAAUUCCUUUUAAAUGACAAUUUUGUGGAUGUGCGUUUGAUUUAGUGGAUGUUGAAAUAACUCUGGAAUCCACCCAUCAAACCCAAGCACUUAGAAACACAGUGGUUGAGUUAACUAACUAGAUUUAUUGAAUUUCAGAGAACAGUCCUCUAACUUGUUUACAUAAAAACAAUGAGUAUAAUUUAGUCUUCAAACUAGCUGACAUUUUUAACAAUCAAGGCACAAAAGUCUUAAAAUUAUGUGGAAAAAUUAGGUGAUUGUUGCAAAGUAAAGUAUAUUAUUUCAGAUGCCUCUCAUGAGAGUAUUCCACGCCUGGUAUUUACUAUACACUUGAGACUUAGUUGCUGCUCAUUUCUUCUACCCUAAGGUUAAGUGGUGCAUCCGGCUAGUAAGCAAUCAUGAUCCAAAGGUUUGAUUACAGUGUUACAUUUUGAACUUAGACAUCCUGAGAAAUUAGGAUGGUGAAACUUCAGGAGUAGGCUGAUUGGAAUUCUUGGUUUAAAACUUUAGUAGAAUUGCAGUUUGCGAAGUUUAUUUCAAUUCCUAUGUCAGGCAUUUCAAAUAAAUUCUUGGGCCAUUUUGCAUGGAAACCUUGAUAUUAAUAACUAGUAUACUGGGGCGGCACCUGUGGCUCAGUGAGUGAGACGCUGGCCCCACAAGGGUGGUGUGUUCGAACCUGGCUCCCGCCAAACUGCAACAACAACAAAAAACUAGUAUAUGAUUCUUUGCAGUUUCUUGAAGAAAUUAUAAGCUAGGCACAGGGUUCAUGUUUAGAUAAGCACUUUUAUUAUAACAGUGAGCAGUGCCUUUUUGGAAAUGGGUUACUUUUUUUUUUUUUUUUGAGACAGACUCAGUCUCUGGGCAGAGUGCCAUGGCGUCAUAGCUCACAGCAAUCUCAAAUUCUUGGGUUUGAGCAAUCCUUUUGCCUCAGUCUCCUGGGACUGCAGGCGUGCACCACCAUGUCUGGCUAGUUUUUCUAUUUUUAGUAGAGGUGGGAUCUUGCUCUUGCUUGGGCUGUGUGAGCUCGAGCAAUGCACCUGCAUUGGCCUCCCAGAGUGUCAGGAUUACAGGCGUGAGCGCCGGCCACUGGAGAUGGGUAACUUUAAACAAUGUGUUAACUCAACACCUCUGCCUGUUUAGUUUCUGGGCAGAUGCUACAGCCUGUACUUCCCUUGUCUUCUGCAUUAAUCAGAUUGUUUGCUAGAGGUGGAAUCUUAAAUGUUUGCGCCUCUAGUUUCCUUGCUUAUUUUGGUGUUUGGAACAUAAUUGGACAUUGAAUCACUAACUGUAAAUACGGCUUUUGAUCUGUAAUGCUUUUAUAUAAAGGUUUUUAUUUUAAUAAUAAAAAGUUUUGUUCUAAAUUGUUUGCUUUUUAAAAAAAUGCUCAAUCUUACUGCACUUAACUCUGAUUUUUUUGUAUUUAAAUAAAAAAGCUAUUUUCCACAUUGUCUUGAAGUUUCC